AUGGACAGUCUAUGUAAGGACUGGUGUUUUGAAACGAGUCUAUUCUCAAGAGAUAAAUUCAGACGUAUAGCCGAUUCCACAUAUUAUACGGCAUAUUUUUAUUCGUUUUGCACGGAUAGGGAAAGAUACGAGACAUUGACAAAGUCUAUGAUAAAUAUAUUCAUUCUGGACGACCACAUGGAGACCACGUGGGGUGACAUUAACCGUAAGGUUAAAGCUAAAGAAAUUUACGGUCAGUUGCACGAAGUAUGCGACAAAUUAUUGAACCCUGGUAAUAGAUCCAUUCGGAUGCAUGACUGGAAACCCUAUAUGUUGGGCGCCUAUGCUAUCUAUGAAGACCUGUUGUCGGCCUAUAAUGACUGCCAACGAAAACGGUGUUUAGGAUUCCUGAAGGAGUGGACGGACAGUAUGAUCGAUGAGUGCGUAGAUCUGGAGGCAAACAAACGCAUCGAAAACAUCUCGCAGUUUAAGGAAGUGAGGGGCCGAUCGAUUGCCGUACUAUUCUUCGUACAACUUAUGGAAUACGCGGACAACCUAUUCGUACCUCAAGCGGAAUGGGAUCACCCAAAGUUUCAACGGUUACUUGUGCUGGCUACAUAUUUAGUCACCUUAGCCAAUGAAGUCUAUUCGUUCGAAAAGGAGGUUAAGGAACGGGACUGGAAUAUGACUGAGGCCUACAAUAUGGUUGCCUUUUAUGUGCGCUUUAAGGGGAUGACAGUGGCGGAGGCGAUGGACAGUCUGGUGACUGACUACCUGGAAAUGGAGGCGGAAAUCGUUGCCCUAAAGAAGGAGGUGCUCACUGAGGACUGGCUCAGUCCUGACACCCGGAUCUUUGUCGGAAGUAUCAUGUAUUUCAUCGGCGGAUCGUUAAAGGCCGCAACCUUAAUGGAACGCUAUACAAUAUAUUUUUAA